GCAGGGGGACGUUUCACCUGAAGGACUGCCUCGUUUCAACAACAACUUUAUGGCUCCCGGAAGUGCCUCCUCCCUGUCCCCUGCCCGGCCUCACGCCUGUGGGCUGCAGUUGGAGCCAUGGCGGCGGCAGCCGCUGCUCCUGGCCCAGGGUCUGGACCUGGGGACUCCCCGGAAGGACCCGAGGCGGAGGCUCCAGAACGUCGGCGGAAGGCGCACGGAAUGCUGAAGCUUUACUACGGCCUCUCAGAGGGGGAAGCGGCGGGACGCCCCUCGGGGCCGGACCCCUUGGACCCUACCGAUCUCAAUGGGGCGCACUUCGACCCGGAAGUAUACCUGGAUAAGCUGCGUAGAGAGUGCCCACUGGCCCAGCUGAUGGACAGUGAGACGGACAUGGUGCGGCAGAUCCGGGCUCUAGACAGCGACAUGCAGACCUUGGUCUAUGAGAACUACAACAAGUUCAUCUCAGCGACAGACACCAUCCGGAAGAUGAAGAACGACUUCCGGAAGAUGGAGGAUGAGAUGGACCGGUUGGCCACCAACAUGGCGGUGAUCACGGACUUCAGCGCGCGCAUCAGCGCCACGCUGCAGGACCGCCACGAGCGCAUCACCAAGCUGGCAGGGGUCCACGCGCUGCUGCGGAAGCUGCAGUUCCUCUUCGAGCUGCCCUCGCGCCUCACCAAGUGCGUGGAGCUGGGCGCCUACGGGCAGGCCGUGCGAUACCAGGGCCGCGCGCGGGCCGUGCUGCAGCAGUACCAGCACCUGCCCUCCUUCCGCGCCAUCCAGGACGAUUGCCAGGUCAUUACGGCUCGCCUGGCCCAGCAGCUUCGGCAGCGCUUCAGGGAGGGCGGCUCUGGCGCCCCUGAGCAAGCCGAGUGCGUGGAGCUGCUGCUGGCUCUGGGCGAGCCCGCGGAGGAGCUGUGCGAGGAGUUCCUGGCGCACGCCCGAGGGCGGCUGGAGGAGGAGCUGAGAAGCCUGGAGGCGGAGCUGGGGCCCUCCCCUCCGGCUCCCGACGUCUUAGAGUUCACUGACCACGGCGGCAGCGGCUUCGUCGGUGGCCUCUGCCAGGUGGCGGCGGCCUACCAGGAGCUGUUUGCGGCCCAGGGCCCGGCGGGCGCCGAGAAGCUAGCAGCCUUUGCCCGGGAGCUGGGCAGCCGCUACUUCGCGCUGGUGGAGCGGCGGCUGGCGCAGGAGCAGGGCGGCGGAGACAAUUCCCUGCUGGUGCGGGCGCUGGACCGCUUCCACCGGCGCCUGCGCGCACCCGGGGCCCUGUUGGCCGCUGCCGGGCUGGCGGAGGCCGCCACUGAGAUCGUGGAGCGCGUGGCCCGCGAGCGCCUGGGCCACCAUCUGCAGGGCCUGCAGGCGGCCUUCCUGGGCAGCCUGACGGAUGUGCGGCAGGCGCUGGCCGCCCCUCGAAUUGCUGGGAAGGAAGGCCCCGGCCUGGCGGAGCUGCUGGCCAAUGUGGCCAGUUCCAUCCUGAGCCACAUUAAGGCCUCGCUGGCUUCUGUGCACCUCUUCACCGCCAAGGAGGUGUCUUUCUCCAACAAGCCCUACUUCCGGGGCGAGUUCUGCAGCCAGGGCGUCCGCGAGAGCCUCAUCGUGGGCUUCAUCCGCUCCAUGUGCCAGACGGCUCAGAGCUUCUGCGACAGCCCCGGGGAGAAGGGGGGUGCCACGCCCCCUGCCCUGCUCCUGCUGCUCUCCCGCCUCUGCCUGGACUACGAGACGGCCACCAUCUCCUACAUCCUCACCCUCACAGAUGAACAGUUUCUGGUGCAGGAUCAGUCUCCAGUGACGCCCGUGAGCACACUGUGUGCGGAGGCCAGGGAGACGGCACGACGCCUGCUGACCCACUACGUGAAGGUGCAGGGCCUGGUCAUAUCGCAGAUGCUGCGCAAGAGCGUGGAGACACGGGACUGGCUCAGUACCCUGGAGCCUCGGAACGUGCGUGCUGUCAUGAAGCGGGUGGUGGAGGACACGACAGCCAUCGAUGUGCAGGUGGGGCUCCUGUACGAGGAGGGUGUUCGGAAGGCCCAGAGCAGCGACUCCAGCAAGAGGACCUUCUCGGUUUACAGCAGCUCCAGGCAGCAGGGCCGCUACGCACCCAGCUAUACACCCAGUGCCCCAAUGGACACCAACCUCUUGAGCAACAUUCAGAAGCUGUUCUCUGAGCGAAUCGACGUGUUCAGCCCUGUGGAGUUCAAUAAGGUGUCGGUGCUGACCGGCAUCAUCAAGAUCAGCCUGAAGACACUGCUGGAGUGCGUGCGGCUGCGCACCUUCGGGCGCUUCGGGCUGCAGCAGGUGCAGGUGGACUGCCACUUCCUGCAGCUCUACCUGUGGCGCUUCGUAGCCGAUGAGGAGCUUGUGCACCUGCUGCUGGAUGAAGUGGUGGCUUCAGCUGCCCUGCGCUGCCCGGACCCAGUGCCCAUGGAACCCAGUGUCGUUGAGGUCAUCUGUGAGCGCGGCUAGGUUCCGUCACGGCCUUACACGGGCUUGUCCAGUCGCCCCAAUCCUCCCAUCCCCUGGUCUGCUGCCCCGGCGGCCCUUCCCCUCAAGCUCUGCCUACUGCCUAAUAAAGUCGUGCUGUCUCCUC